AUGCUCCCUGCUCGCUUACCUACGGGGCGUGCGUUGGAUCGCUGCCCAUCGUGCCCGGUUCAACCAACCGGCGGAGCAGCCCUGACGUUCCGCAUCGGUCCAGACUUUGACUCUGCGCGGGAGUUCGUGUACAAACUCGGCCCCCAGCGACUCGACGAGCUGCUCUCCGCCAAAGUGGACGAAUCCAUUCGCGGUUUGGUGUACACGGUCACCCAUAAUAAGGUGAACGACUUGCGGGAGGAAUUUGCGGGAGAAAUGCUGGAUGCACUGCGGGCCGUCCUCAGCAUGUACGGGGUGCAAGUUAUGAAUGUCAAGAUCACGGACGUGGCCCUGCCGUCGCAGCUGCAGGAGCGGCUGGAGAGAACGACGGCAUAUAAGACCAAGAUCGAAGAACACGAGAAAGCGCACGAGAACCGCCUGACGGUGAUCAGGGACACGGCGUUGCAGGAGAUGACCACCCUACGACAAACCAACCUCCGCAGGCUCCAGGAGCUCAACGCCGAGAUCCAACGCUUCGAGAUAGAGAUGAGGGAGAUGGAAGAGCUGGCGCGAGGGAAGGCCAUCGUCAACGAGACGAACGCUCGUUCGAAGGCCGAAGUCGAGAUCACGCGCGCCCGAGGUAGUGAGGAGGCGGCCAAGAUCGACGCUCAGAAGGAGGCCGAGGCCCGCGUUCGCCGCGCCGAAAUAGAGUCCGAGGCCGCCAGGACGAGAGCGGAAGAAGCGGCUGAAGUGGCGAUCCUCGCAUCGCAGGCGGCUCUCGCCGCCGCCUCUAACAAGGCCAAGGGGAUGGUGGCAGAGGCCGAGGCCGAGAUGAAGGCCGUAGCUAGCCUCGCCGAGAAGAGGAAGUUCGAGCUGGAGUGGAAGCGUCUCGAGGUGAUGAAAUCCAUGGCGGCGAAGGGGCGGAAGCUCAUCAGCGGCGACGCGGGUGCCAAGCUAAUGCAAGAGCUUAUCCCUACCUCCGGCAUGAGUUCUCGUGGGGGAUAA